AUGGCGUUUUUCCCAAACCCGACCGAACAAUCGGCUAAUGCACGCCGAUUUGUGGCCCAAUUAUUGGAUUGGGCCCUCCAGCAAGAGUCUAUUGGGUUCAUGAUUUUCAGCGAGAGGGGUUGUGAAGGCCAUGAUUGGGUGAAUUUUAGUGGGGAUUUGAGGGUGGAAUCGACUAAAUCGAGAUUUGAUACGAAAACAGAAAAGUCCGGCUCAAUCAGGUCUACGCAUCUCUUUUUGCAACAAUCUCGUUUUCCGCGCACACGUUUGCAAAUCCCGGGAUUUUUGUCGCACCUUGCGAAUGGGACGCGCGGGAGAAGAUGGGUGGCCCCACGCAGGGAUAUUUUGGGCCCCACCGAAGGAAAAUCUUCGUCUUCAUUCGUUGGACUUCCGGAAGGUUCUGCGGCUGUGAGGGAUAUGAAUAGGGAGUUUGUUAUUGUUAGUAGCAAGAGUAGAGUUGUUGUGAACUUAAUAAGGGACUUCAUGGCACUCGAUGAAAUAUACUCCGUAUAA